CGAGUGGGGGUCAAACUUGAGCUAGUCAAAGUCGCGAUCCUCAGCUAGCAUCGACUCUAUUCGCGACGCCGACGCAAACACCGAGCCGGUAGGUUGGAGCUCGGACCCCAAUACGGGCAAGGAGGCCGCCUUCGAAAGAGCCAUCCACCACCGGCGCAAGGGCGCCAAACCACGACACAAUGACCUCGGCCUCAGCAUCCCCGCCCUCGACGGUCCCUUCGACCACGACCACCUCGUCGGUCGAGCUCCUCCCCACGCCGCCCUCGCGCCCCGACGCCAACGCCGACCCCGAAACCCCGGACGCCGCCGCCGCCGACGACGACGACGACCCGAUCGUGGAGAGCUACCACGUGCUCCUCAAGCCCGAGCUGCCCGCGCACCAGCAGCUCCUGGUGUUGCAACACCCGAACCGCAACGUCGACUACCUCGGCGGCGCGACCGAGCUGCGCCUCAAGCCGGCGUCGGGCAUGGUCGAGCUCGACAUGCCGCUGGGCCACGGCGCGUCCUACGACCGUGCCAAGGGCGUCAACUGGGGCAAGGCCCUGGCCCAGGCCAACGCCUCGCGCUCCGGCGGCGCCCACGGCCUGGCCGGCGGCUUCGGCGUCGGCGCCC